CACCCCCUCCCGCCCCGCUCCGCCCUCCUCCCCGCCCCGCCGGUUGUCCCUCCGUAAACGGAAGCCGAGGAGGGACGAAGGAGCCGGGGAGGAGGUUGGAGCAGCGCGAUGGGGGACUCCAAAGUGAAGGUGGCGGUGCGCGUCCGCCCCAUGAACCGGCGAGAGCUUGAUCUGCAUACAAAAUGUGUGGUGGAUGUGGAUGCAAACAAGGUUAUUCUUCAUCCUGUAAACACCAACCUUUCAAAAGGAGAUGCCAGUAGGACCCAACCAAAGGUGUUCGCUUACGAUCACUGCUUUUGGUCUAUGGAUGAAUCUGUCAAAGAAAAAUAUGCAGGUCAAGAUGUUGUUUUCAAGUGCCUUGGAGAGAAUAUUCUUCAGAAUGCCUUUGAAGGCUACAAUGCUUGCAUCUUUGCCUAUGGGCAAACUGGAUCUGGAAAAUCAUAUACAAUGAUGGGUACUGCUGACCAGCCUGGAUUAAUCCCUAGACUUUGCAGUGGACUCUUCGAAAGAGCCCAGAAGGAGGAAAAUGAAGAGCAGAGUUUCAAAGUGGAAGUAUCCUACAUGGAGAUAUACAAUGAGAAAGUCAGAGAUCUGCUUGACCCAAAAGGAAGCCGUCAGUCAUUAAAAGUUAGAGAACACAGUGUUUAUGGUCCUUACGUAGAUGGCCUAUCCAAACUAGCUGUUGCUAGCUACAAGGACAUUGAAUCGUUGAUGUCCGAGGGCAACAAAUCUCGAACAGUGGCUGCAACCAACAUGAAUGAGGAGAGCAGUCGGUCCCAUGCAGUCUUCAAGAUUAUCCUCACCCACACACUCUAUGAUGUACAAUCAGGGACAUCAGGUGAGAAGGUGGGCAAGCUGAGUCUGGUGGACUUAGCAGGUAGUGAACGGGCAACUAAGACUGGUGCUGCAGGAGACAGGCUGAAAGAAGGAAGCAACAUCAACAAAUCCCUCACAACUCUUGGGCUGGUUAUUUCUGCCCUGGCAGAUCAGGCUGCUGGCAAGAACAAGAAUAAAUUUGUUCCUUAUCGUGAUUCUGUGCUCACUUGGUUACUUAAAGAUAGCCUUGGUGGUAACAGCAAGACUGCCAUGGUAGCAACAGUGAGCCCAGCAGCAGACAACUAUGAUGAGACCCUUUCGACACUGAGGUAUGCAGACCGGGCCAAGAACAUCGUUAAUCAUGCCGUGGUGAACGAAGACCCCAACGCUCGCAUUAUUCGGGAGCUCCGUGAGGAAGUGGAGAAGCUGCGAGAACAGCUCACAAAAGCAGAGGCUAUGAAAUCACCAGAAUUAAAAGAACGAUUGGAAGAAUCAGAAAAGUUGAUUCAGGAAAUGACUGUGACCUGGGAAGAAAAAUUAAGAAAAACUGAGGAGAUAGCACAGGAGCGUCAGAAACAGUUGGAAAGCCUUGGCAUCUCUCUUCAAUCUUCUGGAAUAAAAGUUGGGGAUAAUAAGUGCUUCUUGGUUAAUCUGAAUGCAGAUCCAGCUCUCAAUGAACUUCUGGUAUACUAUUUAAAGGAGCACACGUUAAUAGGCUCCGACAACUCUCAAGAUAUCCAGCUGUGUGGAAUGGGAAUUCUUCCUGAACACUGCAUUAUAGACAUCACCCCCGAAGGACAGGUUAUGUUAACACCUCAAAAAAAUACUAGGACGUUUGUAAAUGGUUCUGCUGUCAUGUGUCCUAUUCAGCUACAUCAUGGAGACAGAAUACUGUGGGGAAACAACCACUUCUUCAGGCUGAAUUUGCCAAAGAAGAAAAAGAAAACAGAUCAUGAGGAUGAAGAGCGAGACAACUCUAUGAAGUGCAGUAACAGUGUUGAGCAGCUGGACGUAGAUGGGGACAAUUCCAGUGAAGUGUCUAGUGAGAUUAACUUCAGCUAUGAAUAUGCCCAGAUGGAAGUCACUAUGAAGGCACUUGGUAGUAAUGAUCCAAUGCAGUCAAUCUUGCAAAGCCUGGAGCAGCAACACGAGGAGGAGAAGAGAUCUGCGCUUGAACGGCAGAGGCUGAUGUAUGAACACGAACUGGAGCAGUUACGAAGGCGCCUGUCGCCGGAGAAGCAGCAUUUCCGCAGCAUGGACAGGUUCUCCUUUCAUUCUCCCAGCGCUCAGCAGCGCUUGCGGCAGUGGGCGGAGGAGAGAGAAGAAAUGUUGACACACAGCCUGAGAAAGCUGCGAGAGCAGAUUGUUAAAGCCAAUUUGUAUGUGAGAGAAGCCAAUUUUAUCGGAGAGGAAUUGGACAAGAGGACAGAGUAUAAAGUUACUCUCCAGAUCCCAGCUUCAAGCCUUAAUGCUAACAGUAAGAGAGGUGCAAUUCUCAGUGAGCCUGCUAUUCAGGUGAGAAGGAAAGGAAAAGGCAAACAGAUUUGGUCACUGGAAAAGCUGGAGAAUCGAUUAGUAGAUAUGAGGGAUCUUUAUCAGGAGUGGAAAGACUGUGAGGAAGACAACCCAGUGAUGAGGGCUUACUUCAGGCGAGCUGAUCCAUUCUACGAUGAGCAGGAAAACCACAGCCUUAUCGGAGUAGCCAAUGUUUUUCUUGAGUGCCUGUUCUAUGAUGUGAAGCUACAAUAUGCUGUUCCAAUCAUCAAUCAGAAGGGAGAGGUAUCAGGUCGUCUCCACAUUGAAGUUGUUCGAGUGAGUGGAGAGAUAGAUGACAAGUUGGUUGGAGGUGAAGAUAGUCCAGACUAUUCAAGUGAAAAUGACACUCAGGAGAGAAAACUUGUAUGCAGGAUUAAAAUACUUCAGGCUACAGGUUUGCCACAGCACCUCUCUAAUUUUGUGUUCUGCAAAUAUACAUUCUGGGAUCAAUUGGAACCGGUUAAUGUUGCACCUGAGGUGGAUCCUUCCUUAUCUUCUGUCAGCAAGGAACCACGGUGCAUGGUUGUCUUCGAUCACUGCAAUGAAGUUUCUGUAAAUAUUUCUGAAGACUUCAUGGAACAUCUUUAUGAUGGUGCUUUGGCAAUUGAAGUAUAUGGGCACAAGCAGAGUGGUGACCGCAAAAAUCCAGCCCUGUGGGAUUUGGGAAUAAUUCAAGCCAAAACGCGCAGCCUCCGUGACAGGUGGAGUGAAGUAACCCGAAAAGUAGAACUCUGGGUUCAAAUUCUAGAACUGAAUGAGAAUGGGGAAUACUGCCCAGUUGAGGUGACUCCUGCCAGGGAUGUAUGCACAGGAGGCAUCUUCCAGCUCAGACAGGGGCAAUCUCGACGAAUUCAGGUUGAAGUGAGAUCUGUACAGGAAUCUGGGACCUUGCCACUGAUGGAGGAAUCCGUAUUGUCUGUUGGCAUUGGCUGUGUUCAAAUAAAACAUGUCAAAUCACAAAAAGUACCUGAAAAUCAUCAGGAAGAAGAGGAUGAAAUGGACAGUUAUCAGGAUAGGGAUCUGGAGAGGCUCCGUCGGAAAUGGCUGUGUGCCUUAACAAAGCGUCAGGAGUAUCUUGAUCAGCAAUUGCAGAAACUCGUUGGGAAGCCUGAUAAAACAGAAGAUGAUGCAGAUCGGGAGGCACAGCUUUUAGAGAUGAGGCUGACACUCACAGAAGAAAGGAAUGCUGUAAUGGUUCCUUCUGCUGGCAGUGGGAUCCCUGGAGCUCCAGCUGAGUGGACCCCUGUGCCUGGUAUGGAAACUCACAUUCCUGUUAUUUUCCUUGACUUGAAUGCCGAUGAUUUCAGUUCCCAGGAUAACCUUGAUGACCCAGAAGCUGGCGGGUGGGAUGCUACUCUUGUUGCAGAAGAGGAGGAGGAAUUCUUUGAACUGCAGAUUGUGAAGCAUCAUGAUAGUGAGGUGAAAGCAGAAGCCUCAUGGGAUUCCACAGUCCACGACUGUAUCCAGCUCAGUAAAGGAACAGCAGCAGAUGAAAGAGUUUACCUUAUUGUGAGAGCCACUGUCCAGCUCAGUCACCCUGCAGAAAUGCAAUUAGUGCUACGCAAACGCAUUUGUGUUAAUGUGUAUGGCAGACAGGGUUUUGCACAGAGUUUCCUCCGAAGAAUGUCUCACCGAAGUUCCAUUCCUGGCUGUGGUGUCACUUUUGAGAUAGUCUCAAAUAUUCCAGAGGAUGCUCAGGGAGCUGAAGAGCGGGAGGCACUAGCCAGAAUGGCAGCAAAUGUUGAAGAUGCAGCUUCAGCUGACUCUGAAGCCUAUAUUGAGAAGUACUUGCGGAGUGUGCUGGCUGUGGAGAACAUUCUCACCUUGGAUCGUCUGCGCCAGGAAGUUGCUGUAAAAGAACAGCUAAUGGGAAAAGGGAAACUCUACCGCAGGAGCCUGAGCUCUCCCAAUGUGAAUCGGCUUUCUGGAAGCCGCCAAGAUUUAGCACCCCCCUAUAACCUGAGCAGUAACCGGAGUCCAAAGGUCCCAGCAGAGGGCCGAUGGGAGAGCCAGCAAGAUGUAUCCCAAGGUGCCACAAAUUCUGGUAGAGGCAUUAGUCCAUCUCGUCCUUCUCUGUCAAGCUCUGGGCAGCAAAACCACUCUCCUGAUCCGGGUAUUGGUAGCCUUGCUGCUUCCUACCUGAAUCCUGUAAAGUCCUUUGUGCCUCAGAUGCCCAAGCUGCUGAAGUCUCUCUUUCCUGUUAGAGAUGAGAAAAAGGGCAGGCAGACCUCUCCCCUUGCACAGCAGGCUGUCCCACGAAUUAUGGUUCAGUCUGCCAGUAUCGAUGCCAGUGCUGCAAAGACAAAACAGAUUAGCCACGAGGAAGUAGGGAAACAGCCAUCUGAAACUGCAGUGCAGACAUCUGAGGUGGACAAGAGCCCGGAAAAGACACCAAAAGUGCCUUUGCAGCAGCCCACAGGAGACACCCAGGCGCAGGACUCCCAGGAAGGACCUCCAAGUCCCCUGAGUGAAGCCUCCAGUGGGUAUUUUUCUCACAGUGUCUCGACAGCCACCCUCUCUGAAGCUCUUGCAGCGGGAAGCGAUGCUGUGGCUCAACCAGGAGGUCAGCUGCCAGCAGUGGGUGACUUCCCAGCUCCCGCCGUGGCUCAGGUCAGUUCUGACAUGCCAGGGCACUCGGACAGUUCUUCAGAAAGCUGCCUCAGUACUAAGGGAGAGAGUCUGCCCACCUUCAGCCUUCAAAGUGCUCACUCAAGACCUAAAGACAGCACUGAAGUGAAUGGAAAUGCUGCUCUGAAAUCAAAAUCUUGCACAUCUCCUGCGACUCAAAGUGAGCAGGCAAAUUAUGUCUCUGUAGCCGCUGAUGCAAAAAUCUUUCUUUCUACCUCCACUCCGAAGAAGGAGUUGUUAUACAGUCAAUUGAUGGAGUCAGCAGCACAAGCUAGGAAAAAAGAAAUGGCUUCUGGGGUUUCAGAACUGGGGUUUCCCAAAGCACAGAUUGUUCCUGACCAAUUGUCCCAUCCCGGCGUUGCAGCCUCCCCCUUCAAAAUCCAGAAAGUCAAGACAUCAGAGCUGAAGUCCUUUACAAGUAUGCUGGGGACGGAUCCUGCGUGUUCACUAAACGCAGAGGAGCAAGAAGGAGAAAAGAGCACGUCCACUGCCCGUGGACUGAACCAUAAUGGAUCAGAGAUAGCAGAAGAAAAACUGGAGGUGACUUCUGACUCUGAAGAUGCCAAUGAAAUUCCUGAGUGGCUGAAAGAGGGAGAAUAUGUCACAGUUGGUGCAAAUAAGAUGGGCACCGUUAGGUAUAUUGGGCCCACGGACUUUCAAGAGGGAACAUGGGUUGGUGUCGAACUGGAUUUACCUUCAGGUAAGAACGAUGGCUCGAUUGGAGGGAAGCAGUAUUUCAGAUGCAACCCAGGCUACGGAUUGCUUGUGAAACCAGGCAGAGUUAAAAAGGCCACGGGACCAGCAAGGCGGCGGAGCACCGGGUUGAGGUUGCAAGGAGGAGCCGCCGCUGAGAACAGGAGGAGUGGCAACUUCUCCGGUUCAGCCUCCAACCUGGCUUCGCUCACAGCCCUGGCGAAAUCAGAAGGAGGAUCCCCGCUGCGGCCGGAGAAGAGCCAGAAGAACGUGGAGAACAGGAAAUCUUGGGUGAACUGAGACAGCCCUACCCACCACAGCAAACGCAGGGGAGCAGGUCUUCAAGAAGCUAAACCGACCACGUGAACUUCUAGUUUGUGGCAAACACUAAUGAAGGGGUUUUGUUUGGUUUCUUUUUUUUUUUUUUUUUUUUUUUCCCCUGUGCUUUGGGUGAUUGACAUGUUAAUUCUUCGCCUUUUCAUGGUGCUGGAUCUACGUCCUUCGCUUCCUGCUACAAACUGUGACGCUUCAGGGUAUGACUGAUGGCAGCUGGUGAAAGCUCGUGGCGGUGGGUGGGUGUAAGCUCUGCUCUCUUCCACCUUUCAGAGGAGGAAGAGACGCGUAAAUUGUUCAAAUUAUGGCAUGGCUUUCCAAUAGCUACAAAAUACUACCUACAUACCAGUGCUUCUCCCGGUGUGACUGGCAAUUCUUAAAAAAACCCUCCCCAAAAUAACAGUUCUUUUCUAAUUUCGUGGCAGCUGUGUCUGUAUUGUGUAAUACAUGGUGAAAGGGCAAGGUUAUAAUGAGUCCGGACAGGCAGAGAAGUGAACAUAAGACUUGAUUUGGAAAUACAGAACCCCCCAAACUCUUUUAUUUAAAAAAGCAACAGCUCCUUGGUUAUGCGAGCUGGGACCAGUGCCCAUUUUGAUUACUGUCCUGUUGUCCCUGUCUCUUUCUGUAGAAAUCAGCACAAUUUUUCUAGCUGAUUUGUAGGAAAUGGGAGAAGGCCUGUGACCCGCUCUGUAAUAUUUUUGGUCCCUUCUUUUUAGGAAAGAGGGGAGUUGAGCGAAUUUGUUGUCUAAUCUACUUAACGUGCACUCUCACCAUGACAGGAUCUCUCUUGCUUGCCCCAAAGUGGCAGAACUGUCUUCUCGUUGGUUCUGCCCUCUGGGCCAAGAGGAUUUUUGCAAAGACAUCAGCACUUCAGUGCUCCGAUGCUCCCACCCAGCCUUUGGAGACAAUUGGUUUUUUACCAGUUUUACAAAGCAGAGGGUCGCUGUCCUUGUAACGGGAUUAAUCCAGUCUAUUUAUUUUUAUUUAUUGUUUUAAAAUAUGAAAUGUUUGCGCUUUACAAUCAUCCACCGCCUGACGUUGCACAGAGGAGCUCUGCUGGCACCAUACCAAGCGUUGAUCCAAAGAGGAGGUGCCUCCGUCGCCGGCUAAACCGUCCCAGCGGCGCGCGAAAGCAAACCCGGCUGAAGGGUCGUCCCCAAAACUAAUCUCCCUCUUGAAAGUGGGAGGUUUGGGCUGGCUUUUAUAAAACUUGAUUUUCUUUUUGGUAAACCCCGCUAGUUUUUAGCUGCCUGUGGCACAAAUGGUAUAUUGCUGUACGUGGGCGUAUAUAUACAUGUGCACGUAUCGACAUACACACACUCAUUUUCUAACAAAUCAAGAAAGGCCACGGGCUUUUAUAUUCUGAGCUGUUUAUAUCUUGUUUAGUCAUCACGGGGGGAUUGGACACCUUGAGCAAUAGACGUUUUAUCUAUGUCGGGAAUAUUUAGGAUGCUAAAUUAAUGAUUAAAUUUUAAUAUGUAUCUAAUCGCUGCCCGUGCUGCACGUGGGUAUCUAAGUGCCUUAGCCAUCUGGUUCAGAGGUCCAAGGGAGAGAUACAUUGUCAUCAAAGGAGGUAGGGAUGCUUAGCGAAGGAGAUAAUUAUGCUGAUUUACUGUAAUUAAUAUCAUUUAUGCAGAAGGAAUAAAAUUAAAAUAGAAACUAAUCUGUAGCAGAAAUAAGUAGGAUGGGUUACAAUGCAGCAUGCAUAGUACUGCCAGGGAUUCAUAUAUCCUUUCAGCUUUGUGUAACUAGUGUCAGUGUUUCCUAAAUUUUCAUAAAGAAAUCUUAAUAUAAAAUGUACAGACCAGCUUUUAAAGGUAUUUUUAACGUAUAGGUUUUCCUCCUUUUCCUUUGCACGAAGCUCCUGUCCAUUCAAGCCAAGAGGAUGGGAGAAAUUUAGUAAUAAAGAAUUCAGACGCUAAAAUCCUGGUUUUUAAAAUUGUAACUGUUUUUAUAGAUAUGACUCAUGCAACAGAACAACGUUUUGCUUUGGGGUAUGAUGAGUCUUGCUGGUGAAAGACCACCCGCUAAUGAAUAUGAUGCCUCUUAUACUGCCUUGUAAGUUUUCUAAAAUCCAUCGUUACCAUUUUUCUAAUUGCACUUUGUUCCGGUGUGCUGCAGAAAGUUAGCGAAUGUGAAGCGGCCCCCAAGCCGACAGUUGUGGCUUUUAGUCUCAGCAUUUCGUUUACUGGAUUUAGGGAUAUCUUUAAAACUUUUUGCUGCUUGCUAGCUGGCCCCUUUGGGGGUGAUAGGAAGGGAAGAACCUGUCCAAGUCCUUCUGAAGCCUCUUUGCUUGCACCACCGUCUCUGAAGACGAGUUCUGCGGGACCAACGUACAGGUAGCAAAGUCGUGGGAGUGAACGGGUCAAGCAGAAGGCAGCUGGGUUAAUAGUUCACUGUUUCUGCUGCCCACUGUCGAUUUUUCUGGCCGUGUUUGUACUCCAGCUCUGCCCGCGUAAGGACCUGUUUGUGUUUGCACAUCUGGGGCACGUGGUCGGAGGCUGCAGCCGACUGAUACGGGGUGGAUUUCCUCUUCCACCCGCCCUCGGUCGUGCUACAACACUGUGCUCCGUGUAUUUAGAGGGGUCUGAAACGUGGUUUGAGCAGAACACACUCGCUACCUCCUCUAGGAUAACUUGUCCUGGAAGCAAAUGCCUUAACUACGGCUGGUGUGUUUUGAAACAUCAGUGGAUGGUGAGCGUGACAAAGCGGCUCUGUUAACACAGCGCCUGCUCGGCUUGGGUGAAGGGAGGAUUGGACUCGUAGCUCCCUUGGUUUUUACCGUCUCGUUUGACUUUUGAAACUGAACCUCUUCUCAAAUCCCAUCCUGACGCCUGCCCCAUAAAUGAAGCCGCCCUAACCGCACCGCCCCGAUGUGGCGCAAGCUCCAGAAAGUCAAACACAUCAAAUUCAGCUGUGAGGAUGCUCUUAGAGGACUUCUCUGACUCCCUCCUGCUCACCCCGGCUUUCCUGGGCACAUGAGGUUUCUUCUAGAGAUAUUUUCCAAGAUUUUGGCCCAGUGGGUGCACAUCCCUCUACUCAAAGCCGUUACAUUGCACCAGCUAAGCCAACUAACCAGAAAAUAGCUGAAAACAAUAAUGAAGGUAAUUUUUUCUUUUUUUAUUGAUAACAUUGGAAAAACUCUACGCUCAGCAUAAAGGAGGGGGUGCUCUUAACUGGAACCACCCAGCAACUGAGGCUGGCGUUAGUAGCUAUGCAUAUUUUCCAAGAUUUUCAUGCACUUUAUACAGGGAAGAAGAAUAUUUAAUACCAGAACUGUGAUUUGUAGAAAGUGUCUCCUCUCCCGUGUCUGCUGGGGGGUGCAAGCUUGCUUUCUGUGUCCCUGAACCGUGGAUGGGUCUCCGAUUCUGGGCGUAGGAAAUUCUGUGGGUGGGUCGGAAACGUGACGGCCCAAAUCCGUGUCCGCAGGUCCCGUCCUGCGCCCGGGGUUCCGCACCGUGCUGUCGUUCGCUCCGAGUCAGCCAGGAGGAUGCUUUUCGGAGGGACUUUCGGGGGUUUUCUCAAACCAAGACUUUUUUCUGCGCUAUAUUCAGCUCUCUCAUGGUGUUUUGGUCUUAUGCCCAAAAUAACACCUUCUCGGUUCGAGGGCUUUGGCUGUUUGCUGUUUAAUGAUGUGGUUUAGUUGAGGAAAACUGAUGGAAACAAGUUCCACGUGGUAAUACUACCCGAGUCCUUAAGAAGAGAGUUUUGUCAGUGGUUGAGAUGGAAGCUGCCCACGAGGCGGGAUGUUCAACACCUCUUUGCUCUCCUACAAACCGAGUAAACCCCCCCUUUUUCCUACCUGUCAGUCGUGAAAGCUUGUACGAAACAAGCUUGGGUGUUGUACAGGCCUGUUCGUACGGUGACGGAGCUGUUGAAGAGUCUUUUCUGUGUUGAUGCUUGUGACGUCCUUCCGCUGGUGCUGCCGGGUCUUUGCGCGAGAGGUUCAGUCUCCCCAGUGCCUUACCCUCACAGCUGGAGCAGCGAGGGGCUGGAUUUCGUACCGGCCUCGAGGCUGCCUCACUCGUAGCAAAGGAAGAUCGUGAUAAGUAAAAGUGCAGCCUGGUCACACUACAAAAUACUCUUGAGCUGGCGUCACAAAUAAAUGUCUUGUUCCUAGAUCUCCUUUACCCGUCUUCGGUUUCUGCUCUCUCCACCCUACUCCUAAACCACCGUUGUGUUUUUUACCCCCCUAGAAAGGCUUGGCUGCUGCUGGGAGCCCCUGGCCAGGCUGGGUUCAGCCGGUGGCAGAGCCUCUGGGCGCAGCUUUACUAAACCCUGUGGUGGCUCUGGCAUCCGCAGCGGAGAGAGCGGGGCCGUGGGUUGGGACUCCUUAAACCCAGCGAGAGCCGGGAGCGCCUGGCGCAGAGCAGGAGGGAUGCACCGUGGGCAUCACCCCCCGCCCUUCGCCCGCCGGAGAGGAGCGGUGCUUUGGUUCGGCAGGAGGAGGCGGCUGCUCUCCCCUCCCAAACUGGUUUUGAAGCGGCUCGAGGAGCCGCACUCCCAGCCAUAACUGGCCGGGUGUGCAUCGGCGCGUUCCCGCCUCGCUUCGGGCACCCUCAUCCCCACUGUCCCUCCUCGCAGCCGACGCGCCUUUUGCUUUUUUCACCACCACGAACGGCCGCUGUGGCCUGGGAGAGUCUUUUCCAGCCCCUCUUUCUGUUGAUUUCUGUAAAUGUAGUGGGUCUGUAUAUAAAGAGUGGCUAUUUACACUGUGGUAUUACAUGUCGAUCGGUGUACUUUAAAUGAGCUAAAAUCCAAAGAUACUUUGUAAUGAGCUGUAAAGUUUUUAAUUAUUUCUGUACAAUACUAAAUUACUGUAAUAUUGUAUCAUACAUGCAAUCCAGCCUGCAGUACCUAAAUAAACAUCUUCUUUAGAGCCAGUAA